UUCAAACAAUCAUAAAUUAGAACGUUAGAUAUCUACUAACAAAUAAAAAUAUAGGAAAAUAUGUUUAUAAAUUAUGUUUCACAAGAUUAAAUUAAGUAGAUUUUAUCAAAGAAUCUGCUACCAAAAGGCAUGAAUACUACAAAUUAGUAGCCCAAGAAGAAAAAAAAUAAGAAAAAGAAUAAUUCAGAAAUCAGAAAAUGUUCAGAUUAAAAAGAUGAAUAAAAAGGAUAAGAUAACAGCAAUAAUUAGCAUAUAAAAUCUUAAGAUGUAUCUCUAAAAAAAUACAAGCCAGAUGAACAGGAAGAUAAAAUAAUAAGAGCAUAUUCAUAAUCUCCUUAACCAAAAGAAAAUGAGUAAAAUACUAAUGAGGAAGCCAAAAAAAUAUAAGAAAAUAUAAGUUUUAGUAAAAACAAUGAAAAUAUAGCUAAUGAAGAAAAGAAAUAAACUAAAAGAUCCUCAGAAUAGCAUAUAAAUAAAAAAUUGAAUACAAAUUUAAGUGAUACAGAAAAAGAAAGUCAUAUCUAAGCAUUAAAUAUGCUUUAAUCAAGUCCUUAUUCAGAUAAAAAAUAAAAAAAUAUGGUAAAAAAUACUUUGUUUCCAAUAUUAGAGGCCAAAUAAUUUGAAAGAUAGAAUAAACACAGAAAAUUAAUGCCUUUAAAAGAGAGUGUAAAUUAACAAAAUAAUAACGGAUCUACUUAUUUCCAAUAACUUAGUAAUUCAUUUAGAUAAUCAAUAGAUAUAAAUGGUAGCAAUCCAAGUAGUGUAAAUUCAAACUAUAAAUUUAUUAAUUAGCAUUUAUAACGCCCAAGAUCAUCUUCAUAAAAAGUUUCUCCAUCUAGAUAGCUUUAAUCUGGGCCUGUAAAUCCAAAUAAAAUAAAUUAUAAUACUCUUUAAGAUAACAUCAGUUUCUAUACAUAGAAUUCAUACAGAAAUGGAGUUUAAAUAAAUAGCUUUAGAUCUAGUAGCUAAAAUAUGUAAAGUGAGGAAAAAAGCUUGAACACUGACUAUUCAUAGAUAAUAAAAAAUAGAAAAAUGUUAGACCAAACGCUUUAUUCUACAUAAUAUAAACCCUAUAAAAACAGCUAUAUAGUUUUGAACCAAUCCAUAUAAUAUUAAGAUAAUUUAGAUAGGUAUAAAAAUUAAGAUGCAAACCAAAAUAACAACUAAAUAAAUUUCUAUGACGAUUAACACCAAAGGCCAAACAAAUAUAAAAUUAAAAUUAUCAGAUCAAGUUCUAGUAAAAAAUAAAAUGACACAAAAAUAUCCUCAAUCGAAAAAAUUUACAAAAGAAAAGUUUCAUGCAUCUUAGAGCAAUUUAGUCCAAAUAAGAAAAAGUAAUUAAACAGUCCUAAAAGUAAGUAAAAAAAGAAAAUAUAAUAGUUAGCUGCUAAAGAUAUAUGCAUAACUCAAAGCUAAAACAGUAAUAUAAAUGGAGAUUAAUCUUUAUAAACAAUAGCAGAAGCAUCCUAAACUUAGAAUAAGUGA